AUGGAUGUAAAUGCCGUUUGCACACCCUCCGGCCGCUCUGUUGGUCCGGUGCUUCGGGGUAGGAAUCCUAAUAACAACACUACUACAACCCCCUCACCACACCAAUCCGGCCUGUCCGCCCUCUGGAGUCGCUACAGAGGCUCUCCCUCCCACCUGGACAAUGAUGACAGCAGCAGCGCCGUUAUAGUCGACGAUCACGACCAUACCGACCAUAACCACCUUGUCAUUCCCAUCACCGCAGACGACGACACAACGCCCCUCCUCUCCCGCCAAUCUGAUUCCUGCCGCCGUUCGCUCGUAGGAAGCUACCGCCGCCCCUCGUUCACGUUUGGAAACGCUCGUCCCGCCUUCGUGCCGGGUUCCUCGAUACCAACUGAGUCAGGCUUCCUGACCAGGGCCGAGAUCGCAGACAUGGUGGCCGAAGAGCAGAGCUUGUUGAAGGAUAACCAUAUUGUAACCUCCGACUAUGGCACGUUAGAGUCGCGGCCGGCGUCGGUGGCGUGCGAGGAACGUGGUGAGGUGCCAAAGUGGGAUGAGGCCGUUGCGAAUGGCAUGGUGCACACGACGUACAAGAGGGAGCUUAUUGUGCUUGUUAAAUAUACAGCUCCAUUGUAUGUGACAUUUUUAUUGCAAUACAGCUUGACGUUCGCGUCGUUGUUUUCAGCAGGCAAUCUGGGCAAGGAUGAGCUGGCGGCGGUGUUGUUGGCCACAAUGACGGCGAAUAUCACAGGAUAUGCGGUGUAUCAAGGAUUGAGUACGUCGUUGGACACACUAUGCGCACAGGCAUACGGAUCAGGAAAUAAGACUCUCAUUGGCCUGCAUUUGCAGAGAAUGAUUUGUUUUCUUAUGUGUAUAACAGUGCCUGUUAUCAUCAUCUGGCUAUUCUCCGAGCAGAUUCUCACCGCCAUAAUUCCGGAGCCUGAGCUGGCCGUGCUGGCCGGAAGAUAUUUGAGAAUUCUCACAAUUGGAGCCCCAGGAUACGCUUCUUUUGAGGCGGGAAAGAGGUUCGUACAGGCACAAGGUAACUUUACUGCCUCGACCUAUGUGCUCUUGUUCUGUGCUCCAUUCAACGCAAUUCUGAACUAUAUUCUCGUCUGGCACCCCAAAUAUGGCUUCGGCUUCUCUGGUGCUCCGACCGCCGUGGUAAUCACCGACUGGCUGAUGCCCCUCCUCCUUUUUCUCUAUGUCCGCUUCGUCGAUGGCUACGACUGCUGGGGCGGCUUCACCCGCAAGGCCUUCCACAACUGGUGGCCAAUGAUCAAGCUAUCUCUCCCGGGUUUUGUUAUCGUUGAAGCUGAGUUUAUUGCCUUCGAGCUGCUCACCCUCCUCGCGUCCUACUUUGACACCGCCCACCUCGCCGCUCAAUCCGUCCUCGUCACCGCAACGAGCAUUGCUUUCCAGCUCCCAUUUGCCCUCUCAAUCGCCUCCUCCACGCGCGUCGCCAACCUUCUCGGUGCCACCCUUGAAGAUAGCGCUAAAACCGCUGCAUACGCCGGCUUUAUCGCAGCCAUCUUCCUCGGCAUGGUCAACCUCCUGUUCAUGAUCUCCGCGCGCAGCUGGUUUGUCCUCCUGCUCACACAGGAUCCCGAGGUCAUUGCAUACGUGGUGAGCGUGAUGCCGGUCACGGCGCUGUUUCAGGGCUUUGAUGCAAUUGCGUCCAUGGGCGGCGGGAUUCUGCGCGGACAGGGAAGACAGCACAUCGGCAGCUAUAUCAGCAUUGUUGCGUACUACUUCUUGGCCAUCCCCAUAUCGAUCGUCACGGCGUUCGUGUUUAAGUGGGAGCUGUAUGGGCUGUGGAGCGGCGUUGCGGUUGCACUGAUAUUUGUGGCGAUUAUUCAGACAACGAUUGUGCUCAGGACGGACUGGAGGAAGGUGGUUAAUGAUGCGACGGCGAGGAUUGAGGGGGCGUAG